UUGUGUAGCCUACCAGUAGGUGGCGGUAUGCGCUCCGUAGGAGUAACCCGCCAAUGAAAAACCUAAAGAAGAAGAAGAAGACCUUUGACCCAGUCCAAAAUGAAGGAGGCAAACAAGAAAGCGUUGCAUGGUCCAGUGAAUGGAGCAUUUGCGUUUAAAAUACGCCCAGAUGGAACUGUUGACAGAAGCAUCGUUCUGUGCAAGAUCUGCAAUAAGGAAUUUUCGUACCAUAGGAGUUCGUCAAGUCUGAAAUAUCACCUCAAAGCAAAACAUUUAGGAGCUAACCUGGAGGUACGAGCUAGCACACCCUGUGAUGAUUAGAAAUGCAAGAAAUUACCAGUGCAUGCAAUUUCGAAAUAUUAUGCUACGUAAAAUAUCUGUUAUAGUUACAGAUAAUGCAAGCACAUAGAUUGUAGCUAGGGAAGAUAAAGUGGCUGCUACGCUGGUGGCUAGGGUAAUCAUGUUAGUCUCGGCUGUGGCUAGGUUGAUUGUAGUCAUACGCUGUGUCUCGAUUAGCGUACUUCCGUGAGUACACUUUCCUGCAGCACCCUAUGUGCACUGUGUGCUUACUGGCGGAGUGCGUAAAUUUUAACAGAAGUGUCUUCUCAUCAAACAGUAUAUAACUGCACUUAACGGAAAUGACGAUCGCAACAUUUAAAUAUAACUUUAUUGGUGUCCUCUAUUCGACAAUGACAUGGUCAUACUGUGUCAAAACAUGAACAGUUUAUGUUAUAACUUGCUUGUACCUUUGUAAAGUGUGUUUUUGCUGCUGCUUCAGCUUUCUCAACCGCGAUUACCACGAGUUUGAAAACGCUCCCUCCCCUUCCGCUAUAUAGCCAAGAUGGCGUCCGUUGAGGGCGAAAAGUGUCCAGCGUUCCACACUCAGCUUUUUGACCAUUAUGAGUGCACCAUCCAGGGACUUGCAGUGCACUUCGUGUCGUUGGAAUUUUCAGUGUGAACGCCCUCACACACUCAAAUUAUUGUAAGUGCAGAAGUACGCGAUUUGAGACAGCGAUAGGCAUUAGAAACCUAGAUACCGCAUGGGACUCCAGAACGUAUAGCACCGCCAUGUUGGUGGGGGCAACGAUCACCUGAGGCCAAUGGAGAAAUAGGUGUCUGAUUGGAAAACAGACAGGUGUCUCUGAUUGCCGGCAAGUGUUGCCCAUAGACAAUAAAGCGUCCAUUAUACUCGCCAUUCCCGACCCGCCAGGAUUUAAAGUGCGCGACCAGAGGUCGCACACCACUCUUUUUUUUUCAGCAGUGUGCAAAGCGGAAACAGGAAGACAUGGACGAGUUCGAGAACAAGCUUUCCGAGCAAGUGCGCCUCUACAGGUAUCUCUACGAUCCUUCCAUGAAGGAGCAUAGAGAUGCCCAGAGGUGCCAGAAUUCAUGGCGAGAAAUUGCCAUGAAUGUUGGAAAAGAGGAAGCCAUAUGUCGGAAAAUCUGGAAGAACCUCCGCGACCGACUUGGAAAGGCAAAAAAGAGGUCGCAAGAAGCUGCAAGAAGCGGUGCUGCAGGAGGACGCAGACCUGCACCAAUUCUGGAGGAACUUUCAUGGCUGAGCAAUUUUGUGAAAUUCAGGCCGGCAGAAACAAAUGUUCGGGUCACGGAGACUGUAAAUGCACAGCAGAAUACAUGCAUUGAAGAGGAGAAACCUCACACAACCAAUCAGAUGGUGCUGACUUGGGAACCAGUGUAUCAUCCAGAUCCUCAAGAACAACAAGCGAUAGAGAGAGCUCUAGCCCUGUGGAUAGGUCGGACCGGUCUGCCAGUCCGGACAGUGGAGGACAAGGACUUCAUUGGGAUGAUGGCGGUGGUUGACAGUAGGCUGGAAAUACCAAAUAAAACCAAGAUCAGCAAUCUUAUUGAAGGUAUUUAUGAGGAUGAAAGAAAGAAAUUUAAAGAAAGACUGGCCACUGCACGGAAAUUAACAAUUGGUCUUGGUAUUUGGACAACCAAGGGACUCGGGGCUUCCUUCCUUAGUAUAAGUGCGUGUUACUUUUGCACCAUGCAGAACCAACCUCAACACAUAUUGCUCGGUCUUGAAGAGAUCUCCCAUCCACUUGCUGCCCAUUCGAUCAAAGUUUGUCUUGACCGGUGCACUGAACUCUGGGGAAUACCAGAAAACAAGAUUCUUACAAUCAUCACAAGUAAUGGGGGCAAACUAGCUGCUGCGCUAACACCGGAGGAGGAGGAACCCAGCUCAACUGAUUCAGAAGAUGAUGGGAGGAGUGAGGGAGAAUAUGAGGAUGAGGAGACAAGGUAUGGAGCCCUUACCAUUGAGCGAACACCCUGUUUCGUUCACACAUUACAGGAUGUCGUCAACAUGAUCUACAAAGAAGUCUCUGUUACACGGCUCUUGGAAAAGGUGAGGGCAGUUGUCAAACAGUUUUGCAGGUCUUCAACUGCAAUGGAGAAACUUGGCCAGCCUUUUGGACUUACUUUAACAAAAGACCGUGUGACCAGGUGGUCCAGCACUUAUCAGAUGAUUUCGCAACUUAUUCAGGGGAAAGAUUCUGUAGUGCAAGUUGCAAAUGAAAUGGGUUUGUCUUGUCUUCUGUCAGACGAGUGGUUGAAAAUGAUAGCUGUCCGAGAUCUCUUGCUGCCCUUUGCUGACCAUGUAGUAACCCUUCAAAGUGAUACAAUGUCGCUGUCUUUGAUUGUGCCGGCAUUACUGGAUUUGACCUCUCACCUCACUCAGUUCUCCCUGGAAUCGGCUCACCGAGACCUGCGUGGUCUGGCACAGAAGAUGAAAGUUAACCUAGAACAGUGCUUCAGUUGCUUCCUGUUUCCCAGUGAGACCAAGUUUUCUCCACUCGCAGCAGCUGCUUGCCUUCUUGAUCCAACAGUUUCCAGAGAUGCUCUCAUUGACAACACAGAUGAUGGAAUCCAGGAACUUUUGAACGAAGCAGAAAAAUUCGUCCUCAGUGCAUCCACAACAAUAAAGGAUGAGGACGAGUUGGAUAGAGAUUAUGGGGAUGUAUCGUGGAAUGUUGUUAAAGAGGAGCCUCUGUCAAAGCGACCACGAUUUAGGUUUUUGUCUGCCAAGUUGGCAUCCUCCAAACGGCCAAAGCCACCCAUGACCAAGACUCUACAGGAGUUGAGAAAAUACAAAGAGGAGCUUUCAUCCCAGAACAUUUCAGAUUUUGAGACUGGCAUGGACUUUUGGUUGGCGCAGAACUCAAUGACAUUUGUGACUUUGAAGCCUCUGGCCCUAGAUUUACUUGCAAUGCCUGCAUCACAGGCUUUUGCCGAGCGGGCGUUUAGCUUCACAGGAGACCUGACAAGGUCACGUUGCAAGAGGGCAAGAAUGAUCUGGGAAAGAAGUGCCUUUCUGAAACUAAACCAAGAUAAGUAAAGUGUAAGAAAAACUCAGGUCGUUUUCAACAUAGGGCUCUGUUGUUUGAGGCACUAUAGGUAGGAAAAAGACAAAAAAAGAAAUCAGUACUUCAUAGAAUGCUGCUGUUCAUUGAAUGCUUGACUAGUAUUAUCAUUCAUCGUGUUGCUUUUUAUUCUUACUUUUUAAACACGUUUAAACUAUUGCCCUUUUUUUGCUUUUAUUUACU